AUGGCCCCGCUAUAUCAGAAAGCGGCUGGCAAAGGGGACAUCCCCACUAAGGGACCACCUGUCCUUCGAGCAGGAGUUAAAACCACCACCUUGGUGGAGAACAAGAAAGCCCAUUGGGCGGCCGAGGCAGCCCAGCUGGUGGCGAUAGCACACCAUGUGGACCCUAUUGAGCUCGUUGUCUUCUUGCCUGCCCUGUGUCGUAAAAUGGGAGUCCCUUACUGCAUUAUCACGGGGAAGGCAAGACUGGGACGUCUAGUCCUCAGGAAGACCUGCACCACUGUCGCCUUCACACACGUGAACUCGGAAGACAAAGGCGCUUUGGCUAAGCUGGUGGAAGCCAUCUGCACCAACUACAAUGACAGAUACGAUGAGAUCCGCCGUCACUGGGGAGGCAAUGUCCUGGGUCCCAAGCCUGUGGCUCGCAUUGCCAAGCUUGAAAAGGCAAAGGCUAAAGAACUUGCCAUGAAACUGGGUUAA